GUUUCCGUGGUGGAGUACUUCUUACCAAGGUGGAAAGUGUUUCCACUAUCAUCAUUGCCAUGAUGAAAAUUGCUAUUAUCUACCAUGAUUCUUGCUAAGAAAUGUAUUUUUUUCUAAUAUCGAUAAUAAUCGAAACGUUCUACCACGACGUGAAUGCGACUCGAUAUAUCGAUGUAAAUGUCAAAAACAUGGACUGUCUUUCCUCCGUCAUCAAAAUGCAUCAAGACAUGUUGGUUAUGUAGAUAAAAAUAAGUGAAUUUUUUUAAGCAAUUGAUGACGGAUAACUGUAGUAUAUGCAUUGAACGGGUUAACAAGUUUACGUAUAUCCAUGAUGGCUGAUAUGUAAUUGUAGUGAACGUAAGCGGUGUUCUAAACUAAAAAUUAGUGCCAUUAUAUGGUUAUUUAUUUAUUUUUCGAUUUCAAAUUGUACACAUUUUAAUGUUCUGUGGUGUUUCUAGAUUUAAAUUUGAAUACAGAGAAUUGGUGUUUUCUUUCAUUAUGCCGAAAGUAGUUUCUCGCAGCAUUGUGUGCUCUGAUACAAAAGACCAAGAGGAAUACAGUGAGGAGAAACCCUUACAUAUUUAUUACUGUAUAUGUGGCCAAAUGACUUUGAUACUUGAUUGUGCCAUAGAGAAGUUGCCUUUGCGUAAAAGAGAUGGUGCCAGAGUGCUAGAUGGAAGUAAACAUGCGCAUAAAAUAACAUGUGACCAAGAUGAGACUGUACAUAUAAAGAGACCUGAAGGAAUUGAAAGACAAUUCCGAUUGAAAUGCAAGAAAUGUGGACUUUUACUUUAUUACAAGCAUGAACUAGCAAGCAACAUUAAUUUUAUUGUCAAAGGAUCAGUUAUUAAAAGUUCAGGAGAGGGUCCAAUGACUACCAUAUACAAUCAAGUAGCAGUAGAGAAACCGAAGAAAAUAAUGGUUACCAAACACACAAAGAAUAUGGGAAAAUUCAGUUCAGUCACAGUUUCAACAAUUGAUGAAGAAGAAGAUGAAAUUGAAGCUCGCGAGGUGGCUGAUUCUUAUGCAAACAAUGCAAGGAUUAUCGAAAAGCAGCUUGAGAGAAAAGGAAUGAACAAAAGGAAAAUGGUUGUGCAGCAAACUCAAGCUGAAAUUGAUGCUAAACGUAACAGAGUGAGAGGAACACUAAUUGAUAAAUGAAUAUUCAAUGUUAAAUUGAAAGAGGUUUUUGAAAUAAAAGUUCUCAUUUAAGCACCUUAUUUAUUUCUUCAAAAUACACCAUUGCAAUAUGCCCUGGAUACAUUACAAAUAUUAAAUUUGCAAUAAAUAAUAAAGUACAAAAAUAAAAAUAGCAUGCAACAUCCGUGUAACAGAAGAUAAAAAAGCAUAGUUCAAUGUACAAAGAUAAACUGGUAACAGUGAAAACAGUAUUUUGGUUUCAACAUUAAGAGCAUUCUUAUAAUUCCUCAUAUCUCACAUGAUAUGAAAAUUAUGUUAAAGUAAGGAAAUGAAAGAAUUUAUUAUGUAUUUUAACAAAAUAUGUAUUGCACAAUUUUGAAAAUCACAAAAGGAAAUAAUGUAUUGCAACCGAAAUGUGCAGUACAUGUUCUUGAAAUAAGAGAAAAAUGCCAAAUAUUGACUUUAAAAUUCCUUCUUAACGUUCAGAAGGAACAAUAACAUAAUUCAUUAUAAUAUGUAUGUAACAGUUUUAGAUUUAAUUACCUAUACGAGUUGUCACAUGGCAGCUUGGCAGCUAGAUAUUUACUUGAAAUUAACAAUGUACAAUUUCCUAGAUAUACUUGUUAUAAAGAACCAACAUCAAUUAUUUGACACUAACUUUUUCACUGGCCUUUUGUGCUUUAAAACAAUGUUUAAAAAAAUAAAACAAUUUUCAGUUGUACUGCUGUAUACUUAAGUACAUAUAUUAAAAAUGUGAAGUAAAGACAUGAACAUGACACAUACAAGGAUUAAAGCAUUUUUAACCUUUAGAGAUAUAGGAACAAGUAUUAUUUCUUUCGAAAUAAAACUAGAAUCUUCACAAACAAAUGCAUUUGUUUUGGUGCAAUGGCAACAUAGAAUUUUCAUAGCUAUUGAUAUAAUGUGAAUCACAGAAAUUAAGAACAAAUUUUCUGAUAACUUUCUUUCAGUUGUGUUCUUCAAUACUGUAAAGGAAAUUUUGACCCUCAAGGUUCUCAUUCUGUCAAAUAGCUACACAAAUGUUUUUCAGUGUUCUUUGGGAAGCAACUUACUAACCUUGACAUUAAGAAUUGGUGAAAAUUUCCUCUCGGCGAAUACUCAUUAAAUUACUGCAAAGCCAUACAGUAAACAGUAGCAAAUUGCUAUUCAGUUUUUAGUAAGAACUACAUUUCUUUCAAGAGCUCACUGAAUUUUUAGUCUGGAAUAUCUGUAGAAUAUGUAUUUGUUUCAGAGAACUUGUCAAUGUGUAAAGUAAACUCUCUUUAUUGCACUACUAAAGAACAGUUAAUAGUACUGAAUCCCAGGAGUUUUCCUUUGGAAUGUUUUUGUAUAGUGGAAAAAGCAAUUCCUUGAGUCAGUAAGAAUGUUUCUAUAAUCAGGAAGAUGUUUUAAGAAAUCAAUACCAGGAUAUGCUAGGAUAUGAACGAUUAUAAUUGUACGAGAGAGUUUACUUUUACAACCACAACAAAUAUGCCACUACGAGCAUGUGGACAUUUUGAACGAACCCCUUUUAUGUUUUUUUAUUUUGCAGUUAUCUACUGUAAUAUUGCAGCUAAAAAUAAAUUUGUAAUUUCUGGCAGGAGUAGAUUGGUUACUUCAAUUUUUUUUUCUACUUGAGAGCAAAUUUACCUUUUUGCUUUUGACUAACUAAGCUGGAGGCACCAUUGCUUUGAUCAACAUUCAUUUUUACUACAUUCUCUAAAUAUUCUGAUGUGCUACACUAUGUAAUACACCAAAAAAUGAAUGGCACAGAAACAAUUGACUCCAAAAAGUAGAGUAAUGAAACUGAAGUCACAAGUGCCAGUUAAAUGAUAAAAGCUGAUUGAAGUGAAAAGGAAUGUACACAACUAAUGACUAGCAAGUAUGAAAGGCCCAGAAAACCCCAAUUUUUAAGAAUUGUACCACAGAAGUAAUAAUGUCUGCAUAUAAAAGGACAUACCUUAAAAGUACAACUGUAUUUUUAAAGAAAAAGACAAACAGAUUGAACAUGGAGACUCUGAGAUUCCUAACAUUGUAUUAAGAUUAUUUCAAUAAUUGCACAAUAAUUAUUAUAAUUAUUCAUUUACUGAUUGUACUCAUCAAAUAUUAAAUUAUUUUUGAAAAACUAUCUAAUAACGAUAGCAACACAGACAAAAUACAUUUACAAUCUAAAAUGCGCUGCCAUAACAUAUAAAUAUUUUACAGUUUAUAAUAUACUUCAAAUUCUUUGCAAUAUCAUAAAAUUGAUUAAAUUAUAGUACCAUAUAUACACUUUGCAUGGCUCAAUGACUAGGUAGAACUGCAUUUUCAAUUGCCAUUUCCAACAAGAAUGCAAUUCACUUAACUCUUCACAUUUUAUCACAAUAAGCAAAACAGAUGGCAUAUAUGCACAAACAAAAAAAAUAACAAAAAUAACAAGGAGUUAAGAUGGUUUAAAGUUGCUGCGAUGAAUUAUUAAAAACAUUUUAACCACUGUCCUUAAAGAGUAGGACUUAAGAGAGAAAUUAAGCAGCAUUCGAUAUAGUACAUGUUCACAGGAAAAGGAAAAAUGGGGGAAGUUCUUAAGACACCUUCCAUUAUGAUGCAAGUACUACACUAACUACUGAAACAAGUAUCUUAUUUUAACUUAUCUGACAAAUAGAAAGACUGAUCAAGAUAACCACUUAUUUUACUUUGAGAGUAUUCAUGCUGCUUAUUAUCGUCACACUUUUAAAUGCAUAUAAGAAUUACCCAUUCCUUUUUGAAAAUAAAUUUAAGAAACACUUACAUUCUAGUUCAGAAUAAAUACGAGCUGUGGCAUCACUUAGCUCACUCUUGAACAUUGUCUAUGUCAGGUUUUUUCAAUAUCGUAGGUUCAUCUUUCAAGAACGUACCAGAUCUUGAACCAACAGUUGGAGGUUUCUCUUCACCUGCUUCUCUUUUAGAGACUGGAGGUAAUUUUGUGUGACAGUCAGAGAAACGUUUAUUUCUACCAUCUGUUAUACUACCAUUUGCUGUUUUCUUUGUAACAUUACUGAUUUUAUUAGUAACUGUUUUAUUAGGUGUGCAUGUAGAAACUGUUUCUUUUGAAGCACAUUUCCCUGUACCACACUUAACUCCUUCUACAAUUGGCUUUGCAGGACUUGCAACUACUUGUCGUAUCUGAUUACGAGUAGGGGUGCGUUUUGUCGUAGUACUACUGGUAGAAGGACUGGAGAGUAAUUUAGUUGUCAAUUUUUCAGACUUGACAACUGCAGUAGCUUUAGAUGGUGUCAGUUGCUUAACACCAGUAGUGGGAGGAGCAUUUUCAGGCUUAGAAGCAAGCAAAAGGCUUCUUCUUAGUGAUGGUGAUCCAGUGUAGGGCGAGGAUGACACUGCUGAUCUUAUUCGUGUAGUGGGAGAAUCGCGAGGAGAUGAUACAGACUGACGAGUGAUUUUCCUAACCGCAGAAGCAGGUGAUCGUUGACUAUCAUUUUUCACAUUGCUCAAUUUCACUAUUUUUCCUGCUUUAUUUUCAUUUCUGCUACUCCCACUGGAGACUCUUCCACUUUCUUUGGCCCCUAGAGAUGCAUCUCCAGCAUAUGAUGAAUCAGUGGCUAAUGAAUCGGUUGAAAUUGUCACUUCAACACCUAACCUCCCAAGAGCAUUCUUCUUUCUAUCUUUCGGAGUUUCAGGUCUCGUUGUAAUGGAACUAUGACUUGGAGCACUCACACUAGUGCAUUCUUUGCCUAUUGUUUUCUCUCCAUUUGCAGCUGAAGAAAGGGAAUCUGUAGACAUUACAACAUCUUCUCGGACUUUCCUCCUUACUGAUGGAGUAUCAGGUCUAGUAGACUGACAGCUGCGACUUGUUGCACUUUCAGACAAUUCUUUUGCACUACGUUUUGUGCUUCCAUUGGAAGGAGAUUCGGUCAAAGAAUCAGUUGAGAUAGCUGCAAUUUCUCCAUCUCUUUUUCUUCGAGUCCGCAUGUCUCGGCCAGGAGGAGUGUCUGACCUAUUAACAACACCUCUACCUGAUGUUCCGCUAAGAGUUGAAGCUCUGACUCUACCAGAACUAUCACUGCCAGGAGCUGAACGUCUCAUAGCUGGGGAUGAUGUUCGAGAUGAAUCUGAGGAAGAUAUCAAAUUUUUCCCAGACCUUCGAGGUGCAGUGUUAUUU